AUGGUGAAGGUGACAAAGGAGGAUCUCCAGAAGUUGGAGAUCAAGGAAGAAGAACAAGACGAGCUACUAGAGUAUCUUUCUGAAGACAGCGAUGAAGAUGAAGAGGCCCUGACAAAAAAACUGCAGUCAUUUGAACCUCUGCUGCAGAUGGACGACCGCUUCCCAGACACCGUCAUAAUGGUUGGGGUCCCUCUCGUGGGUGCGGAUCGUCUGGAGAAGCUGACGGCGGUGCUGCGUAAAAAGAUAUCGGAUGAAUUGUGCAGAAAAGGAGGAGAGGAUUUGGAGUCUGCAUUUGAUAUUGAAUUACCGAUGAAUGAAGAUGGUUCUUUAACAAGAGGAUGUUGUUUCUUAACCUUCCCGAGUGUAUACGCAGCUACGCAUGCAGCAAGGGCUUUAAAUGGUUAUAAAAUCGAUAAAAGACACACAUUCAGGGCUGCUAUGCUUGAUGAGUUCAAUGAGAUCGUGGCGAGAGAUAAAGACUAUAAACCCGCUAUCACCCUCCGAGGGUUUACACGUGAAGACGUGCGUUGGUGGUUGAGCGACCCUCGUUUUCGCGAACAGUUUGUUUUGCGACAUGGUCUGGAGACAGAGGUUUACUGGCUAGAUCCGAUGGAGGGCAACCCCUGCACUUUAUGUUAUGACGGACAGAAAGAAAAACAAGACGGGAAAACUAUCUGGACAGAGUUGAGGGUCCAGUGGUCACCCCACGGCUCUUACCUCGCUACCUUCCACAGACAAGGCAUUGCUCUUUGGGCGGGACGCAACUUCGAGAAGAAAGCCAGACUUGAACACAAAGAAGUGAAACAGAUAAUGUUUUCUCCGAAAGAAACGUACAUGCUGUCUUGGGACGGGACGCCCGCAUCGAUGCGAAAUGAAAAGGCGGUGAAGACAUGGAACGUGAUGACAGGUGAAAUGCUGCGCCAGUUCCCCACACCCGCAGCUACGCCUCGGGGCACGGAGUUUCCUCACUUUUUGUUUUCGCACGAUGAAAAAUAUCUGGCGAAGAUUGGAGACAAAGAAUUAUGCGUCUAUGCAAUGGACCCCAAAGACAACUUCCCCGAUCAAGUCGCCGAUGAGGACGUGACACCGGUGAAGCUGUUGCGCGAUGAAAAGGGCCACUUCUCUGCAUUGAAAUAUCCCGUAGAGAAAUUCGAGUGGUCUCCUGGAGACAAUAUUGUCUCUCUUUGGAUUAGGGGUUCAGAUGACACCCCAGGUCGUUUGAUCUUAGUAGAUAUCCCGAGCCGUCGCGAGUUAGCGAGUAAGAAUGUUUAUAAUGUACGAGGAGCCGCUAUGCACUGGCAAGGCAAUGGCGACUUUCUUUGUUUAAAGACGAUGGUCUUUAAAAAGACAGGAAAGAAAGGCCGAAAAGAGUUCAGCCAGCUCGAGAUAUUUAGGAUGCGAGAGAAAGAUAUCCCUGUCGACAAUAUACAACUCACAGACCUCGCUGUUCAACUUCAUUGGGAAGACGGACCCAGCAAGCGCUUCGUGCUGGUCGUCCAGGAGGAAGGAACAAACAACCAGAGCCUCCGAUUCUUCCGCGUCAACGACGCCGCAGAAGGCAACGUGGAGACGAACAAACGAGACACGGUGAUGACGCAUUCGUUCGACAUCCCAAAUUAUAUGAACUUUUUAAAGUGGUCGCCGUUCGGGUCCUACUUCGUCUUGGCCUCCCUCGGCACCUACGGCACUGUCAUGUUCUGCCACCUCAACGACCAAGAUAAAGUCGAAGUGCUGCAUCAAGACGAGCACUACAUGUGCAACGAGGUUCGCUGGUCUCACUGCGGGCGAUACCUCGCAACUUGCGUUGUUAUUCCCCCUGUAGCCAGCACUCAGGCCUAUAGGCUUGAAGGCAGCACCGGCUUCAAUAUCUGGACCUUCCAGGGCAAGCUGCUCGAGAAGAAUAAGAAAGAGUUCUUUUAUCAAUUCUUGUGGAGGCCUCACCCCCCUACUUUGCUCUCAGAAAAACAGCUGGACGACAUCAAGAAGAGGAUGAAGGAACACAGCAAGCGGUACGAGGCUGAGGACGAGCGGCUGCGCAGCGAGAAGCGCCGGGCCUUCUUGAAGCAGCGUGAAGAAGAGUGUGAGCGGUUCCAGCAGAUUCUCGAUGAGCUGGAGGCUUGGAAGGCUAAGCAUCCCAAGUACGAAGAGUGGUGCCGAGCCUACGAAGAAUUUGAUUCGUGGUUUGAGUGGGAGUUGAAGGAAGAGAUAAUAGAGGAGGAGAUAGACGCUUUGGUGUCUUGA